ACGUUCCCCAUUCAAAGUUGCAUUCACGUCCGCCUCUAUUUUUAAUACUAGUUUCCUCGUCGCUAGAUGUAUUUUUCAGAAUUCAUUCAAGGCUAAGUCUUGCUUAGAGAUAUAUCAAGAGAUAUCAAUGCAAUGUUACAAAGAAUUAAAAUCUGAAGGGCUUUAAACACUCACGAGAGAGAGAGAGAAAGAGAGAGAGAGAGGCAGGAAGAAAGAAUAGGAGUGAUGAGGAAAAGAGAAAAGAGGAGGGAUUAUGAGAAAACUUAGCGGGGAAAAAGGGAAGAGUUUAGCUGCUGUUGCUGCCGCCGUAGCUGUUGCUGCUACAGAUGUAGUGAAGCAGUGAAGGAGUCCUUUAAUUGUUGGGUGUAGGUUCUAAACUGUAUGUGUGUAAGUACGAGUUGUUUAACCUCUGGUCAGUUCCGAUCAAGUAGACCUAUGGUCGAUCAAAAAGCAUUCCAGCCGUGACCAUCCCGUUCUUCUGUUUUACAGAUACAGUGUAUCUCAGAUCACAUCCAAUGUGUCCUUUUUUAAAGACGGUAGGGCGUGAUUCGAGAGAUUUGGUUGCUGUUUCUAGCAGGUCGAGUGACCACGUAGAUGCUUCUUUGUUGGCUAUUAGUAAGAGUGGUGUGCUAAGGAGGCGGAGUGAGGUGAAGAAGGAAUGAUUGCCACUAUUAGGAAGUGAAAAAAGAAAGAAAGAAAAAAAUAGGGAGAGAAAGAAAGCGCGAGCGAGGAAGAGAGGGAGUGAGAGAAAGGCCUUCCCGUCAAUGCCUAGCAGUUAUACAUCCUAACACUCACAUGCAUCAUCUGAAUGCUGUAUGUCGGUAAUUGUAAUAUCUCGACACAUGUAAUCAGAGAUAGAUAGAUUGUGAGUUAUUAGUGUAAAGAGAGUGAGAAAAAUAGAAAGCGUGUCGGUGUGUGUGUGUAUGGAAAAAAAGAGGGGAUGCUCUAAAAGAAAGCAAGUAAGUCUGUGAGCGAGAAGGAAGACAAAGUAAGAAAGAGAAGAGAGAGAGAGAGAGAGAGAGAGAGAGAGACUGAAAUGUGUUGGUAUUCCUUGUUACGGCCGACUCCUAUCACUUGUCCUUGCUAAAGAAGCGAAAAGCUAGAUUGAAUUAGGGAGAAAGAAUGAUAAGUCUGCUAGCAGAUUAGUACGGACACAUGGAGAAGGCGAAAGAACAAUGACCAUGCGGACCAGACUUCCGGAUACCCCAAUUUACCAACAGUUGUUGCAGCACAUUAUGGCUUAGCUGAGAACUUGCUCGCUUCGAGUUCGUAACUCAGCUGUGCUGUGUUCAUUUACUCUGUGAAUAGAAACCAUUAAUGCUUGGAUCAGAUCAUCCCUUGCUGCUUUUCAUAGGAGGAAUUCUGGAAUGUCUUCAAUAGUAGCACUACAUUUCUGUAGAAAUAUCUAGCUGAUAGAAUAUUGUGGAAGAAGAAAGAAAAUUCCUGUUUCUUUAGAUGAAAGUGCCAGAAAACCAAAGAUGACGUUGGUAAAUGACAGUUGCCAUAAAAGGCUCCGGGAUAUCCAGGAGAAAUUUCACAUAAUGGAGGAGAUGGUAAGCAGCAUGCUCCAUUAUAAAUCCAAAGUUGAACAAUUACGGCAGGAAAGGUUCAAUUUGUCAAUGACUUAUGAGGAAAACUUACAGCAGUACCGUUUACAAGUUAGUAAGUUGGAAAGAGAAAAUAUGAUGUUACUAAAUGAUUACAAAAAAUUACAAUCUCAGUGUUACUCUUCUGAGCAUCAUGAAAACCCACAGCAGUUACUGGAGCAGAUUAAAGUGUUAGAAUCAAAUAAUUCUUAUUUGCGGAUGGAGAAUGAACAACAACGGAAGGAGUACGAGAAAUAUGUAGAUGAAAUUGCUAACCAGGUGGUGCAGGCAGUGCUUGUACAGAAAGGCUUGAAAGAAGAAUGUUGCCAACUGCAGGAACGUGUUCAUGACUUAGAAGUUCAAAACAAACAACUUAAUUUGUUGUUUCAACAUCACUUUCGGUUUCCGAAUGAAUCAACAACUAAGUUGCCGUGUCUUGAAACUUAUGUCACUGAUGGAAAUGAAGUAAACAUUGAAGGUGGAAAAUUAUCAUUGUUAGAUUUUGCUUCUUCAGCUGGAUUGAUGUUUGACAAAGGAGCAGAAUCUCUCCAGAGUCUUUGUAGCCAAUAUAGCUAUGAAGAUGGUAUUCCAAGGAUUAAUUCCCCAACACCAUGGCUGAAAGAGCAACUUAAUGAACAUUCAGACAGAAUCAAUGCUUUUUCAGAUCGGCUCAGUAUUUUAUCUGAUCAUGUUUUGGAAGCUCAGCUGAAAGCUUAUAGUGCUGAGGGCCUUGCAAAUACUGACCUCUUAUCCCCUUCAUCUUCUCCUCCUGUUCGUCAGGCUUUUUUAAACUCAUGUUUGAAAUCUUAUCAGUAUGAUUCAAAUGCUAAGAUUUGGAAGGCAAAUCAGUCAUGUGACAAUUUCAAGUCUAAGCUCUAUGCUACUGUGCGUCCACUGAAUUGCCACAAGACUUUGCCUUCUAUAACAGUAACAGAGGCCAACAGAGCUGCAACUACAUGUUUACUUCAUGACCACAACAGCUGGAAAAGAAAUCUAGUUAAAACCAACAACUAUUGCUCAUACAAGAAUCAUCUAGUUGGUAUAAAGCCAUGCAGGGAAAGCUGUAACAGAAGACAAACAGACUCUAUUCUGCAUUCAAAUUACUUUGCUCAGAUGUCUCCUAGUGACAUUCUUGAAAACAGUUUAGAUGGUCUGCCAACACCAACAGAUGAGCCUUGUGUGCAGCCAACAUUUCCAGUAUUCAGGGCCGAAUCACUUAAACAUAAACAAAGCAACACUCAAGAGAAGUCAGCUUCAACCAUAGAAAAAAUCCCAGAAGCCACUGCCUGCCAACCUAGUCACCAAACUUUGUCUAAACGGUUUGUUGAAGAGCCUGUGCCUUCUAACACCAUUCCAACUAUUGCAAGACCAAGUUCACUUGAUAUCAUUUCUCCAACAGACUCACCAUCUCAGGAAGAUUCUCAAACUUCUCCCCUGUCUCCUUAUCUAAUGAACAAAAACGAUAGCUCCAUGAUGAACCAAUCAACAGAUUCUGAAAAUUCUCCUGGUAUGUCAGCAUCUGCAACGUUUGACCACCAUAACCUUGUCUCAAGCUCAUACUUAGAUUCAACAGAGGAUGAAAAAGAUCUUUUUGAUGAAAAACGGUCAUCUUUGAAUUCAGAUUAUUUCUCUUUAGAUGCUCAGCUUUCAACAUCAUCUUACAUGAAUUCUUUAGCUCCAUUCCACAAUGACUGCCAAUCUCAAUCUAAUACAGAAAUGCUGCCUUUAUAUUCUUCAAACCAUUCCAAAAGUCACCAUAUACAUAACAGGAAUAGCAAAAUGUGUCAGAAUAAUUUUGAACAAGAAAAAGACUGGAAUGUAUUAAUGCCAACUUUACUCAAUAAGAGAACACUUCCUGAAAUUUAUUUAGCUUGCAAUGAAUGGCAGAAAAAUGUUGCAAAAAGUAUGAAAGAAAAUGAUAUGAGUUCUGAACUUCGAGAAAUGUACAGCUUGUCAUCUGAUUCCAGCUCUGAGAGUAUCAAAGCUGAACAUUCCGGCAAUAGAGAUGAUGGCUACUCAACCAUGUCAAGUGACAUGCAACCAGAAAUGCUUGAAAAGUUUAGUGACACAGCUGUGCUGAAACGUGAUCGGGUAAAUAGGAACAGCAUGGCUGAGAUGAAUUCUAACUGUUGCGGACCAAUUCUAUCGAAGCUGGUUGAAGCUGAAAGAACAUCUUCAGACAACUGUAUCAGCAGCUCAUCCACUAAUUCUGAUAAUAGUGUUGAAGGUUCAACUCUGACAGCUAACAACUUUCAUUCUUCUAAAUUAUUUUCCUCAAAACAGUUGCCUGAAAAAGAUCAACAUGUGCCGGAAAAUUCUUUCCAAUACUUCAACAAUACUAAAGUGCACAUUGAUAAGAAGGAUGAUAAUAAUGAUAACAAUGUUCUGGUUAAUAUGUGUACUAAUACCUUCCCUAAGUGUCAUUACCUAUCAACAAAGGGGAAUUUCUCAUGUGCUUCUUUGCCAAAACAAAUUGGAAAAUCUUCAUAUUCAGCUGGACAUUCUAAAAUUCACUGUCAGCAUUCUAAGUUAGCACAUCUAAAUGUUCCCAGUAGAGAAAAUGCAACCCUUACAAAGCACAUAGUUACAGAACAAAACCUUAAUGUUAAUAAUAAUUCAACAGUUCAAGUUACACAACCAGAUCACUGUUUAACAUUAUCACAAAGUCAAAUUCAUCCUCAACAUCUGAAACGGUCAGUUUCAGACUCGAGGCUUUUGAUCAAUAAUACACCUAAACUACGCCUGGACUCAAUUUUCUCCAAUAACUUCAAUAACAGUUUGAGUGAUUGUACUAUAUCAAUGUCUGACCUCAGUUCAUCACAGGCUGCCCAGUCUUACCAAAUGUUAUCAGGCUCCCUACACAGGUCUCCAUGGCAACCAUUGGUGCCACCAACAAAUGAACAGAAUAAUAUUUUAUCACCAGAAACAAGCUGGUCCUACAAAACAAGUGUCUUCAAGAAGGAACAUUCACAUCACAACGAACAUCAAGAUACCAAUGAUGACAAUAAUAUUAAAUUUACAAAGGUAGCAUCAGUUUCUUCUGAACGGAAUUCUGUUGAAAAGGAAAGACCUCAGCUUCCACGGCUACCACAACAGUCUGAUGUGACUCAAAGUGCUGAAGAAUGGUUACUGCAGUUUUCCAAAGAAGAUAUUGAAAAGAAUCUAAGUUAUUACAAAAAUCGUCAGAAGGCAUCCAGACAUCAUUCUACUCCAUGGCAGCAAAAUACCAACAGCCCCAACAUGCUUUGUUGGCAGACUCUACAACACCGCCAACCCACACACGGUGUACUACAGGCUGGUCGUUAUAUGACUCUACCAGUGACGAACAUUUGUCAGGAGCAAUUUGAAACUGAAGACAUUGAUGUUAAUAACUUAAUGAGUCCAAAAGAAAUUGAAGAGCAGAAGAAAUUCCGACAGGAGUUUUAUAGCCUCUGCUGUGUGGAUUCCAACCGAAGUCUUUUCUCUGGUAGCAACAAUGAAUGUGAUGGAGAAAACCAAACUCAAACUUUGAAAAAUCUCCACUCCAAUAAUGAGACAUGUCAUGAACACUGCCAGUCGAACCUAGCAGAAUUUGACAAUGUUUCUCUGAAGAUUGACAACCUUUCUAAAACUGUAAAAGAAUUACAAUCAAGUUUCUCUAGUCUAAACAGUGUUGAGUGUAACUCUGACAUUGAUAGUGAUAUAUUCAAUCCCAGUGGUCACAGUAGCAGUGUUGAAGGUUAUCAUUGGGUAGAAGAUGAAUUUUAUUUAACGCCUUCCAGUGGGGAUAUCAUUUUUACUAGUUGUCCCUCAAAUGAAUCUUCAGCAUCGUGUGACUGGAUGAAUGAAUAUGCUGACGACAGUUCAGGAGCAUUUGAAUUAAAAGAUUCUUGUGAAGAAGACCAGCAGUUUCUGCAGAAGCUGUGUGCUGUAGCCAACCUUAAUGUUGACUCAAGUAAAGCACAUGGUGGCACUGAGAAGUUAUCAACUCCAGAGAAAGAUAUCAGUGACAUGUUGGUGAUGAACCCAGAGACUCGUGCUGACAUGUUGGACUCUAUGAUUGACAUAAAUACAGCCAACGAAAGUGAAGACAGCAGCAGUGAUGAACAAUUAGCAGUUCCCAUGUUUAAACAUAAGAAAGGACGACAAAAACUUGUAUCGAGAGCAAAUGCACAAACUAACUUCCACAACCUCUUUACAAGGUUUGGCCACCAAGAAAAAGAAGCUGUGUCUGCAUUUGAUUUUCUGGAUCAGUUUUCAACAUCAAGUACCAAUUCUGAAACCAUAAUGCCAGACAAUAACUCAGAGGAUUUAAUUACAGAACUAAGUCCAGUAUCUCACUCUUCUAUAUCAACAGAUAUUUCUCCGACUGCUCCCAAUAAAUUCUGUGAUUCGAAGAGGUCACAGCUGUUAUCAAAGAAAGCAUGGAAACAAACAGAUAGUUCUUCUCGUGGCAGUCUAGCACGAGUAACUGCUAUUGAACUCUUAGGUAAUUGUUCGGGUGACUCUCUUGACUCUCCUGAAGAUGCAAUUUCAGCAAGUACCUUAUCUCUGAGUGACUCUUGCUGUGAAUCAUAAUAACAUCAUUGCAUUUUCUUUAUGACGAUUUUUCUAAUGAGGGCAGCAAUAUAUUUAGCCAUGUUCUAACAUGGCUCAAUCACACACAUCAUGUAUGCAAACACAUACGCACACAAAUAUGUAUAUAUAUAUUUGUAUUUAAGUAUAUAUAAAUAUAUGUAUGUAAAAACGUGUAUGUAUAUGUUUUAGAAUAUAUAUAAAUAUUCAUAAUAUAUAUUUGUUUGUAUAUAAAUAUAUAUGUCUGUGUGUGUGUGUGUGUAUAUAUAUAUACAUACACACACACACACACAUACAUGUGUGUGUAUACAUAUAUACACACAUGCAUACACGUGUGUGUGUGUGUAUAAUAUUUAAAUUUUGCUUUUUGGUAAUUUAUUUAUUCAUUUCUCAUACUUUGAACUUUUGCUCCAGGCCCCGUCAAAAAAAAAAAAAAAAAUCAAUGUAAACACCCACCUCCUGCCCCAUCCUGAUCCCGUUAACCAUAAUUUUUUUUUAAAUGUUUAAAAAAAAAUAAACAAAGGAGAAAUAAAAGAGAGAGAAAGAGAACAUGUUAAUACUAAUAAAUAAUAAUGGGUUCUUUUUAUGAAGUCAGGAAGGAUGUAAAUUUAUAUAUGCUGAUUAACCACAAGAUUUGUCA